AUGGCUAGAAGAAAGAAGUCAAAUUUCACUGGGCCUGGACGAAAGUUAUUUUCGGACGAGGUUGUUCUUGACCAGAAUGAGGAUUACCAUCCAAGUGAAAGCGACACCUCCCCCUCUGAUCUCGACGAGAAUGAAGUAGUCAUUUCGGAUUGCGACGAAGAUGUAGAUGAAGGUGCGGAUGCCGAUCCUAGUGAGUCAGAGGGGGAAGAGGAAGAGGAAGAGGACGAUAAGGAAUCAGUCGAAGAAGUAGAAAGUGAUGAGGAAAUCGGUAAUGAUUAUGUUGAGGUUGUAGACAACGAAACGAAAAAGGUCACAAGAAAGAAGUCGAACAUUCCGGAACAAGUUCGAAGACAAAAACAAAAGGAAGGUGUUCUAAAGGACAACCGCUUUGAGCAAUCCGGAAAAAAUGGCAUGUUGAGAGCUGCGCGGGUAAUUAAGGAGCAUGAGGCGAAUAUUGGUAUGGCUUUCUCGGCUGUAGAUAUGUCAGAUGUUGGGAAGCGUUCGUUGAGUGCAAAAACACGGAAGAUCAAGUAUAAGGAGUGCGCGAAUGGCAUGUGGGAACCAACUGGAAAAAAGACAAAAAAAGGCAAAGACAUAUUUCGACUGAUCAAAAACCCUACCAACAAUGCACCUAUCAAACCCUGCGGAUGUCGUAUAUGUUUGAGGCGUGCGGACUUUCGAUCUUAUUCUCAACCAGAUAAGCCGCUGAAAUCCAAUAGAAGUGGGCUCAAACGAGGUUUCUUCAAGUAUGGAGAGGGCAAUGUAUUAGGCGGUGAGGGCGAUGAAAAAAGAGUCAAGACGGAAUGA